AUGAUGCAGCAGGGUGAAAAGCUUAAGAGGUCAUUCAAGGUUACUUGUAGUAAGUGUGGUGCAACGGGGCAUAACUACAAGACUUGCAAGGGGACUCCCUCUGACCUCAACUGGAAACCUAAGACAAAGAAGGCUAAGAAAGGUUCCACAUCUCAGGCAUUGACAAUCCUCCCACUCUCACAGUCAGCUCCUACUGAUAGUGAUGCUCCAUCUACUCAAGAUCACAGUAUACCUACUCAGCCACCCAUGCCUGAUGUCACCCCUGGUCCUUCUAACCCUGUGGCAGCAACAGCAGUAGCUCCCCAAGUCAAGCCAGGUCCAGUUACAAGAAGGACACACUUUAGGCCUCCACUCCAAGUUCCAUCCACAACCCACCAAAACGCUCAAGCAACUCAAUCAGAGAUGAGGCCCAAGCAAAGGAUAUUCAGGCCACCAGCUCCACUAAACCCCAGUCCACUCCCACCUCAAAGUCAGCCAAAUCCACCUGGCCCACAUCCUCCUCAAGUCAUCCCAGGACCAAAUGCAGCAGCUACCCAGGAGACAUUGGCACCAACAAGCACGACUACAACUGGCAUGUUCAAAUUCAUCCCAAACCCACCUUCCAUUGUGCCAAAGAAGUGA